CUUGUAGUGUGGGGCUGGGGUUGGGUGGGUGGGCGCGGCCGCCGCAGUCGCAGCGGGGCCAUCUUCGGCGGGCCGGCUGGUUCGGCCUGUGCAGCCCGCACCCGUGCCCCUCGCCCUGUCCGAUGGCUCCGCGGCCGCUGAGCCCCUUGGUGCUGGCGCUGGGCGGCGCCGCGGCCGUGCUGGGCUCCGUACUCUUCAUCCUCUGGAAGGCCUACUUCGGGCGCGGACGCGAGCGGCGCUGGGACCGGGGCGAGGCCUGGUGGGGCGCGGAGACUGCCCGCCUCCCUGAGUGGGACGAGUGGGACCCUGAAGACGAGGAGGACGAAGAGCCAGCGCUGGAGGAGUUGGAGCAACGUGAGGUGCUGGUGCUGGGGCUGGACGGCUCGGGGAAGAGCACGUUCCUACGCGUGCUGUCCGGAAAGCCACCGCUGGAAGGCCACAUCCCCACCUGGGGCUUCAACUCUGUGAGGCUGCCCACCAAGGACUUCGAGGUGGACCUGUUAGAGAUUGGCGGCAGCCAGAACCUACGCUUCUACUGGAAAGAGUUUGUGAAUGAAGUAGACGUGCUGGUGUUCAUGGUGGACUCAGCUGACCGGUUGCGGCUGCCCUGGGCCCGGCAGGAACUGCACAAGCUGCUGGACAAGGACCCUGACCUGCCUGUCGUCGUGGUGGCCAACAAGCAGGACCUGAGUGAGUCCAUGAGUAUGGUGGAGCUACAGCAGGAGCUGGGCCUGCGGGCUAUCGAUAGCCAGCGGGAGGUGUUCCUCUUGGCAGCCAGCAUCGCCCCUGCAGGACCCGGCUUUGAAAACCCUGGCACCGUGCAUAUCUGGAGACUGCUCUUGGAGCUUCUCUCCUAGGCCGGCUAUCACCAGCUUGCCACCCAACCCUGAAGACCCUAGUCCUGCCACUCCUCCUGUCUACUGCCAGUGUGGGCCUGAGGCAGGAGCCAUGUAGCAGGACUGCCCUUCUCUCCACCCACCCUCCAGAGCAGGGCCUGGGCAAGGCCAGGAACCGCACAGAAGCCUUCCAACGGUGAGGUGGCCAUGAGGCUGCUGAGGCAGAUAGUGGAAGAGCAUAGUGUCUGGCUCACUCCAGGCUGGAGUUGGAUCAGGCUUUCACCACUGAAGGCACCUCCUUCUCUGAUGCGUACAGUAAGGUGCUCAGUGGGCUUGGUUCUCCUCUCUGCAGGUCCCAGUGACUGAGAACCGGGACAGUGUCAGAAGUACUCCCAGUCUAAAACCGUUCCCUCCUGGUGACCUCAUGCCCAUCACGCAGGCAGGUUCUGGGCAGCACACAGUGAGCCUUGGCUCUAGGGCCCACAAUGUCCUGCAGCCCCAGCUCCACCGGGCUGGCUCGAGGCCUUGUGCUAUCUCUGCCUCUCAGGCCCUGUGACCAUCAAUUUUAGAGAGAUGGCUUCCUUGGUUUUUUCUCACUUGGAGAUAGAUUUUCCAGCCAUGAAGAUAAGAAGGGCUGGGAUGAACCUGGAGACAAGGAGUUCUCUGAAACCUUCCUGCUUCUGCAAGCUAAGGCCUGCCUGCCAGACUACAGCAUCAAGUGGUGUUCAGCCCUGAGCAGAGACACGGAGGGCUUUCCUCCCCCUCAUCUGGGGACAGAAACUGCUGCUCUGUGCCAGUGCCUGUGUUUACAGAAGUCUGGGGAAGGAGCCUGUGUCCCUGGGGAGAAGACCGUCACCUGAAGCUCGGUGUUGGCCUCAGAACUGCAUUCUAAUUAUUUAUUUAUUUAUACAAGGAACAGACCAAAGUCUCAGGUUCUGUUUCUAGGUGCUGUUAUCAAAGCCCCAGAUGACUGCCAUGGAAAAAUUUGUGUCUUUGAGGAAAACAGCUGGAAUUGUGAGACAUGUGAUAACCUGCACUUGUCAGUGGAAACAAAGCUCUAGCUUUCCCCCAACAUUUACAGCUAUAAUUGGCAUCCCCCUUUACGGUGACCCACAUGAACUUAAAACUCUGCCAUUUGGCCCAGUAUGUCAGAAGGACACAACCCCCUCCCGUGUAGCUGGUGGACUACCAGCUACAGAAAGGAUAUUUCAAUCAUGUAAAUCCAAGUAAACAAAAAUGGGAAUUAGCAGAUCAGCCAACAGGAUACCUGAGGCUUUGGGUACCUCAGUCUUUCUGGACCUGCUGAUUCCCCAGCCAAAAGUUGGACAGAAUUUCUAUUCUCUCCAGUGCACACUCACAGUUUAUUUAUAUGCUGACACUAGUGCAGGCCAAGGACGGAGACUUUUGUCUGCGCUGAGUAAUCAGUAGCCACAGAUGGGUUUUUUUUUUUAGCAGAGAUAGCCAACUCAGUUUGCUUUUUAAUUGAGAAUAGAGAUGAUGUGCCUUCAUUUCACUUGACAUUGACUCAGCGUGCCUCAGUUCCAUGCUGUGGCCUACACAAGAGGCAGCACAGGGAGGAAGGUGGGAUGGACGCUCUAGAAGUCCAGAAGUGUGACGAGUUACAGUGGCCUGCUGUGCUCUUGGGCUGUGGGUGUAUGACAGAAUCACUGUCCUUUGAAAUUCUAAUUAACUUUCUGCAGAAAAAAGAAGAGAUUUGUCUGCUUUUAUCUUAAAUAUUUAAGGAAUGACUUGACUUUUAGAGUACCCUUUGAACUUUUGCCGACAGCUUUUCAUUUUGACAUUUAAAGAAUGUGAAACUUUGUCUUUGUUCUAUAAACUUCACCUUGUUCUCCAGUGCUUGACAUUUACCUCUGGAACCAGCAUCGUUGUAGGGGACCCUUUUCUAAUUAAGAUCUCCCUUUGAUCUAAUGAGUAUCGUUAUGUAAUACACUUUUCAAAGUCUGCAGUGAGGGGAAUGAACUUGAAUAGUUAUAUCCACGAGUGACCUCUGAAGACCACUCCCAGAAC